UCACAAGUCACUUGCCGUUGGACUGUUCCCGGGAACGGUCGCCUUUUUCCAAAGCUUAGAACCAGUGAUCGAUGGGCGCGGACAUCAAAGUGCUGUGAACUGCUCAGUGAGGGGAAUCAUCAAUUGAACAGAGCAAGUGUUGGCUAUAAAGUGCGGGACUACUAUCUGCCGCUCGAAAGUGGAUUUUAAUCUUAGUCGCCUUUUUUGGCACCAUACUUUAUGCUGGAGUUGAAGCCUGGGUGUUCAAGUGUUUGAGAUAUAGUUGAAGUGUUAUAUAUUAAUGGAUAAAGUGCAAUGAUACUUAGAUGAAAUUCAGUAUUUGGAAAAAUAAUUCCAUCGCGGGAGCGAAAACAGUUGUGAUAGUGACCAAAUAAAAAAUAUGACAUAGCAAUAUGAGUGCUAUAUAAGCAAAUUUAAGCAAAGGAAAUUGCACUAAGUGUCCAGGAAGAAAGACUGGUACAGCGAAGGAAAACUAUUUAAACACAUUUUCAUCACCGGCGGCUCUUCAGUAGCAAACGUUGAAAAUGAAGCCCCUUGAAUGGGUAUUAUUCAUUACUCUAUGCAUAACAGCCGGAGGGGUGGAGUUCAAAAAAGAUGAACAUAUAGCCGGCACAGACCCCACUGGAGACAGUCCACUUAAUAGAGUUAAGCGCAACAAUGGUUUGAGAGGAACAUUUCGGGGACAAACCCAGUCGCAGUACUUACACUUUGGUGAUAGUCACGACGGUAAGGCGGAAGCCGAGGCUACGCAGCAUGGAUCCCGGGCCGUCGUAGUGGGUUCUAACGGUAUGGGUCAGGCCCAAAGUCAGUCUGCGGGAGGUGAUUGCACUACUUGUUUAGGAGUGGGUGUUGACGGCGGUAGCUAUGGCUAUGAUUCUCGUCCGGAUCCGUUGAGGGUACCAGAUGGAAGCGGGCAACGUCCAGGGGAUAGAUUACGACUACCCGACAGCUACGAUUACCGUGUUCCAGCGGAUGGUGGUGCAGCUUCAGGAGCUGAUCAUCGACCUGGUACUGGGGAUACCGGAUUCAGACCUGGUGGGGAUAGUUUCGGACAUUUUGGACAACCAGGUGUUUUGCGUCCUGGUGGCACGGGUGCUAGACCAAGUGAUGUAUCUGGAUCAGGAAUAGGAACUGACGCGUUCGGGAGGCCAGGAACGGGAGUAGUUGGUCGUCCAGUCGAUACAGGUGGGAUUGCAGGCGGGGACGCAUAUGGCAGACUUCCUGGUGCACGACCGGGAGAAGAUUAUAGUGGAAGACCUGGAACGGGAAGACCUGGUGUUGGUGAUGGAGAACGACCAGGGGGCGUAGUAGAUGCAUUUGGAAGGCCAAUAGGUGCGGAUGGCAGACCCGCCGAAUAUACACCAGGUACAGAUUCGUUUGGAAGACCAAUAGGACCAGGUAGCCGACCAGCUGAUAGAACAACUGACUCGUAUGGUAGACCAACUGGCGUUGGAGAUAUUCCUGGUAGACAAGAUCUUGGUCCUAGCCGACCUCAUGAUGUGGAUUCUUUUGGGAGACCAACCGAACCUGAUAGACGCCCCGGCUAUGAUGGCCAUUAUGGCUCUGGCCCAAUUGGAUACACACCAAGUACACCAGGGAUAGGAGGAGGCCCUGGAACAACAGGCAGUCAAGGUACUACCGGGGGCCCAGGAAGCAACGGUGUAUCAGCUGGUGGCCCAGGAUUUGUUGUAUCACCAGGGACAGUUGGCGGUCCCGGCAUAAUUAGUACACCUGGAGUUAGCGGACCUGGUGUCCCAGGAGGACAAGGACCGGGCAGUACAUCGGGCGCUCGACCCACCGGAGGACCCGGAACGAUUGGAGUACCAAGUACUUCUGGUGGACCUGGUAUAAUUGGCGGACCUGGCCAGAUUAGUGUUCCAGGAUAUAUUAACGGUCAGGGUUCAAUAGUCCCAGGAAGACCCGGUCAAUCGAGAGGUCCAGACGCUAAUGGUGGAGUCCCUGACAGUACUAGAGGUAAGCUGGGAAUACCAGGGAUAUCUGGUUCUCCAGGGGCUGGAUUUUAUGGAACAGGACAUCCGUCAGGUGGGCCUCAACCUCAAAUUGUUGGGCCACCUUUGCAUGACCUUAGCACUGGGAAAGAUCAGUCAUCUAUCUACCACAGCGGCGGUCAUUCCGUAACAUUGCCUGGACACGAUCACACUGUAUUUAACCCAACUGGAGGGCUUACAGUUCUAGUAGGCACUGGAAGUCCUAAACAAACUGUCAUUGGAUCGGAUAGUCGGUUAGAUGGACACGGUCCAGUGAAAAUUAUCCCUGGGCCAGUAGACAGCUCCGGAUCACCCAAACAAACGGUUUAUGCGCAUCCGGGUGGAGUAACUGUAUUAGUGGGUACUGGAGGACCACAUCAAACAGUACAUCAUUUACCUGCGUCCGGUACAGGUUAUCUUCCUGGGCCCACUGGAGGUCCUCAGCAGAUACACACGACAGGGCGUCAACCAGGAACAUUGGGAGUAGCGGGACAACAGUAUCCAGGUACUGGACAAAUACCAGGCGGUGUAUCUACAGCAGGACAACAACCUGGAGGACUAAGUACCGGUGGACCAGGACAAUGGACUGGAGGACCGGGAUCAUUGUGGUAUCCAAGUGGUGCCCAUUAUCCCGGAGCAACUGGUGGACAAUAUCCAAUAGGAGGUGGCCAAUACCCUGUUGGAGCAGGAGGCGUGCAAUAUCCGGAAAUUCAAGGUGGUCAGGCUGGACAAUAUCCAGGCAAAUAUCCAGUUAGCGGACCCGGGCUAGCACCAACUGGACCUACUGGAACCGUUGGAACAGGUACGUACCAUCCCCAAGGAGAACCAGGUCGCUUUCCAACAACAUCCGGUGGGCAAUAUGUAAGCAGUGGGACACAAUAUCCGCACCCAGGAACAGUACCUGGGCAUUUGCCGACAGGUUCUAGCCAAUAUCCUAGCUCAGUAGGAUCUGCUCAGUAUCCUGGUGGUGUUGGAGCUGGAACAACUGUGCAACAAGGAGGCCCUGGAACAGGACCGAUUAGCACUGGUAAAUACCCUACCGGAAUCACAAGUGGCCAACAUGUAGGCGGAACUGGUGUAGGAGUUACAGGCGCUACACAACAUCCAGGUGGUCUCAGUGCUGGCCAGCGUCCAAUCGGUGGAAGUGCACAGUAUCCAGGUGUUGCUGGUCCUUAUCCAGGAGGUGUCACUGCCGGACAAUUUCCAAUUGGUGGAGGUAGUGUCAGUCAAUAUCCCGGAGUUGUCGCUGCUGGACAACAGCCAAUUGGUGGAGGUGGGGUUGGUCAAUAUCCGGUAGGGGUUGAGGCUGGUCAGCGUCCAAUUGAUGGAGGUAUACAUUAUCCAGGUAGUGCUGGUCAAUACCCAGGAGGUGUCACUGCUGGACAACUUCCAGCUGGUGGAGGCGGUGUCAGUCAAUAUCCAGGAGGUGUUGGUCCUGGACAACUUCCGAUUAGUGGAGGAGGUGUCAGUCAAUAUCCAGGAGGUGUCGUUGCUGGACAACAACCAAUUGGAGGAGGUAGUAUCAGUCAACAAUAUCCAGGAGACAUCGGUGGUGGUCAACGUCCAGUUGGUGGAGGUGGACAUUUUCCCGGUGCAGGUGUUGGUAGUCAAUAUCCAGGCGGCACCGGUGUCGGACAAAAUCUAGUUGGUGGAGUUUCUGGUACUAGUCAAUAUCCAGGAUAUGUUGGGCCUGGCCAACAUCCAGUUAGUGGAGGUGUGCAACAUCCAAGUAGUGUGCAAUAUCCUGGUGGAGAACAAUAUCCAAGUGGUGCACAAUAUCCGGGUGGAGCUGGUGUUAGCCAAUACCCAGGAGGUGUCGAUACGGGUGCUGGACAGUAUCCAAUUGCAGGAGGUGCGCAGUAUCCAAGUGGUACUGGUGUCAGUCACUAUCCAGAAGGUGUCGGGUAUCCAAGUAGCAUUGGCGUUGGUCAAUAUCCAGGAAGCACCGGUUCUGGACAAUAUCCAGGAAGUGUCGGAUCUGGACAAUAUACGGGAGGAGAUGGAACUGGAAAAUAUCCAACAGUUGGUGGACAACAAGCAGCAGGUAUUGGUACUGGACAGUAUCCUGGAGGAGUAGGUGUCGGUCAGUAUCCAAGUGUCGUUGGUGGAGGUCAGUAUCCGGAUGGUGCGGGACAAUAUCCAAGUGGUGUCGGAGUAGCAACUGGUCAAUAUCCUGGAACGGGAUCUGGCUUGGGUCAUGUAACAGGUGGAUUAACAGAAAGUUCAUAUCCGCAAGGACAACGACCAGCUUCGAUUGAUCAGUAUCCAAGCACGAUAGCUCAAGGUGGAUUGGGAACGGGAACGGGGACAACAGGCGUCGGAGGACCUGCAAGUAUUCAAGUUGCCGAAGAUGACGAUGACUCCUUUUCUCAGGCAGAAUCUUCCGUAAAGGAUGGUGAAGUUAUUGCUAGUGCACAAGGAAGGAAAAACGGAGGUACAGCGCAGACUCAGGUAUCUGGUACGUACACUGGGACUGGAUCCUUUAGUGCCAGUGCUCAGACCAGUGAUUCGGACCGAGCCGCUCAGGCACAGGUAUCAGGGGGAAAGGAAGGUGCUCUAAGCUCCGCACAGGGUACUGGAGGAGUCGGUAAAUCUCAGUCUCAAGUUCAGGUCAAUUCGAAAACUGGAGGAACCUCAGCCACUUCGCAGAGUGGAGGAUUGGGGCAUGAAAGUCAGUCGGAGGUCGUGGCUAACGAGAAAGGUGGUUUGGCAGAUGCGCAGUCCAGUGGUCCAGGACAGACUUCCUCUCAGGCACAGAUCGGUUUUCGACCACAGGGAGAAGAUCAGAGUCAGCUAAACAUUUUCAAUGGAGGAGGUCAAGCCUCAGCGCAAUCUGGAGCACAUUCCGGACAAAGUCAAUCGCAGAUUAGCGGCAACUUCAAAUUUGGAAUAUCUUACCAUGGAGCGGCUCAGGCGGCAUCUGGAACAAAGGACCAGGUAUCUCGCUAUCGGGAAAAGGGCAAGCAGCUAUUCCAUUCGAUUGGAUUGUUCGGAAAAACAAACAACGGAGUUGCAGUUAGACGAGAAUCAGACGUUGUGGAUCCGAAUGGGUUGAGGUUGCGAACUUCUCAGCAAAGUCAAGUUACCGAUUUCCACAAUAUACUCCCGAAACCGGAAGAGGAAAUUGAAUACGAAGAAGAAGACGAAGAAUACGAAGAAGAUUAUGAAACAACAGAUCGUAUCCCGGCGGGAAUCGAAGCCAAAUCUAGACGCACUUCCAACGACGAUGAAGAAAAGAAAACCACGAUCGUAGAACUUCCCCCGCCAACGGUUCCAUCAACGCCAGUGACCACAACCGUCCGUCCGAACCGGAACUACAAUGUAAACAAUGGGAAUGGAAAGACGUUUUCGCAGAAUACUCCCAGUCAGAAACAAGUAGCGUCUAUAUCGGAUUUAGAUAAGUACCGACUCGUUCAAACACAGAACGGGAAAACUAUUGUGCACGAGCCAUCGAGUGAGAAGAUCCCAGAAGGCUUCAAUGACAUAAGUGGGCAGAGUUCUACUAGUGCUGAUCCCACAACAACCGCCCAGGUGACGAGUUCUACUCCCAAGUACCACACCCGGUACCUUCCGUCGAAGCACUUAGACUCAACCGGAAAUCGCGUCUCUUCGGAAAGCAAACAACAAAACCCGGAUAGUUACAUAUCAGUAACAAAACAAGUAACCGGAAUAGACGAAAACAGUAAGGUUCCGGCCAUCCCAGGCAAAAACUAUGAAUCAACGUACUACACCAAGUCGUCCACAUGCGGUUACUUCACUUUCUCCUGUAACAUCGUAUACGGAGCGACCGGUCGAAGCAAAAUCUGCCGACCGAAACCUCCGACCAACGGGAAGUGCUAGCUUUUUACUUAAGAUCAUUCUAGUGCCUAAGCGAACAAAACAACUCACAUAACUGCCAUUUCAGUAGGUGUCCCUAAAGUACGCUAACAUAAGCUGGAAAUUUCAUUUCUAACAACUGCCAACAUGAACGCCAAAAUGCAUCAAACCCGCACGCCAGUUAAGCUUUAGUCAACAGUUUGUGUAUAAUGUUUCUGUACCAAAACUAUAAAUCCAAAGAUAGUGAAAUAAAAUUAUUUUCAAUCCAA